AGUUAAUGAAUAUUAAAAAGGCUAGUCUUCAGCAUAGUAGGAUUGGUUCAUUCGUUCGCUGCUGUGCGGCGUCAGCGUCAGCCAUUUAGCAAACCAGUUAAGGUUACUGGGCAAACGUAAUUAAUAUUCAUAAUCUAAUCAUAACGCACAACAUAUAUACGCCACCCGAUGGCGAUUAGAUGCAAUAUUACUGCUCAUCGUUUUUCUCGCUUUUGCUUCUUUAUAUUGUAAUAAAUAACCCCUUUAUACAAUAUAAUUGUCACCCGCUCAUAAUGACGCAAGAAUGCUGUGUAAAUAUUUUAAUGCUUCUCAAUAUUCAUUAUGUUGCAAUGUGUAUAACAAAAUAGGAAUUAUUAUGGAAACAGGACAGUCCAAUAAAACGCGUCUUAGACAGCUGUCUUAAUAAGAUUGGUUUGUCUAUUUCACAAAGCACAACUGAUUGGUAGAUCUUUCAAAACAAUUCCCCCACAGCAACCUUUGAAGUGGCUGCUAUAUAUAGUUCCUAUCAAAACACUUUGGAUUUCACCUGAGAGAUUUCAUUUCUUUCACGAUCACGCUAUUGCAGUUUUUGCUGAACAUUUGCUUUAAAUUGAUCCUGUCUUUAUCAACCUGUGUCACAAUGUUUUUCUAUCCUACUGUGCUCAAUCAUCGGACUGGGUGCUUUGCCACGAUAUGGUUGGCGGCCACUAAAGGACGAAAGAUCAGUCGGAGAGAUAUGCUUAAAGUCAAUGUCCAGCGCACCUGCAAUGACAUCAUGGAUUACGUGUUGGUCAGAGUCCCGCCCCCUGUCUCAGGAUUGCCCCGCCCCCGUUUCUCCCUGUACCUGUCCUCCCAGCUGCAGUAUGGAGUGGUGCUCGUCUACCACAGACAGUGUGAAUUUUUGUUAGAGGACACUCAGGGGGCAAUUGAUAAACUGCUCCGCCUUAACCGGAAGGCUAACAUUGAUUUGAUGGAUGAAGAAACCAGGCAGAGUCACAUGAUCCCCGAUGCUGUUGCACUAUUUGAUGAAACAGAGGGGGCGAGGGAUCCGUUCUUUGGAGUUAUGGAGUGCGGGUACGGCCUGCCAAGUCCAAGCAGCUAUAUUCAGCGAAUGGAGGGGGUUUUACCAGAACAUGUCCCGCCCACUAGAGAACCAACACCACUUUCAGAUGGCAUCACAGCUAGUCAGGAGUCCAUCACUCUGACAGAAAGAGAACCUGUUAUCAUGCCUGAGCCAGAGUUUGAAGGAGCAGAUCUGCAGGAAUCCGACAUGAUCGAACUACUGCUGGAGCAGCCAGAUCACUUUCUUGAGCGUGAAGAUGAGAGGCAGCCGGAGAUAGACAGAGAAAGAGAGCAAAUAGAGAUUGAGACAGAAGAGGACAGAGAGCUGAGGAUGCCUGAUGAAAGAGAGCAAAUAGAGAUUGAGACAGAAGAGGACAGAGAGCCGAGGAUGCCUGAUGAAAGAGAGCAAGAGAGAGCAGCUCUUGAGAGAGAGACAGCACGAGAUCUGACAGCAUCAGUCUCUUUAGAUCUGGCACAAAUCACUGGCGCGUCAAGCCAGGAAGUUGUCCUGCUGCCUGAGGAGGAUUUGGGGCUGCCCAUUGAGAUGCCUGUGUUAGAAGAAAGAGAAAAGACGCCAGUAUCUGUGUCUGUACCCAUACCAUCCCCUCCGCCCGCCGAAGAGGAGGAAAUGGCUGUUGAACCAGAGAGAGAGAGAGUGGUGAGAGAGAGGAGCCCUCCUCUUGAGCCUGCUGUAGUGAGGCCUGAAUCUCCUAAAGAGCAGAAGAAGAGGAGGAGACAGCUGCUCUUCAUUGAUGAACAAAUACAGAUAUCUCAAGAGGAAAUGAGGGCCCGGAUUGAUGAUGUGGAGACAGAGACCAGGCCUUUGGCGGCACUCAUCAAACCACCCUUAAAAAAGAGGGGUGCUAAAGAACUACUCGGGAACCCUUGCUUGAGCCUUCCACCUGAAAUCCUGGCGCUAUGGAAACGGGCAGCGGUCGUGAAGCCCAUCCCACCAUCCAGGCAGCGCUGGGAGGUUCCCGUAGCAGAGGAGAUACCAGAGACAGAAGAGGAAAGACCAGAACCAGCAGAGAGAGAAGAGGAGAGAGAGCUUAGCUCAAAAGAGAUUCCCAGAGAAAUGUUGGAGUCUGACCUCCUCCAGCAAGAAACACCAGCCUCUUUGGUCAUUUUGGAGACACCAGAUAAGGAUUUUUCUCCACUCGAGACACCUGAAAUGAGACGAUCCCCUGUUCCAGAAAUUCAGUUUGGUCUAGAGGACAUCCCAGAGGAGAGGGUCCCAGAGAUGGAAGAUAUUACAAUGGAUAUUGAGGAACGGUUAAGAUCCCCUGUUCCAGAAAUUCAGCUUGGUCUGGAGGACAUCCCAGAGGAGAGGAUCCCAGAGAUGGAAGAAAUUACAGUGGAUAUUGAGGAACGGUUAAGAUCCCCUGUUCCAGAAAUUCAGCUUGGUCUGGAGGAAAUCCCAGAGGAGAGGGUCCCAGAGAUGGAAGAUAUUACAAUGGAUAUUGAGGAACAGUUAAGAUCCCCUGUUCCAGAAAUUCAGCUUGGUCUGGAGGAAAUCCCAGAGGAGAGGGUCCCAGAGAUGGAAGAUAUUACAGUGGAUAUCGAGGAACAGUUAAGAUCCCCUGUUCCAGAAAUUCAGCUUGGUCUGGAGGAAAUCCCAGAGGAGAGGGUCCCAGAGAUGGAAGAUAUUACAAUGGAUAUUGAGGAACAGUUAAGAUCCCCUGUUCCAGAAAUUCAGCUUGGUCUGGAGGAAAUCCCAGAGGAGAGGGUCCCAGAGAUGGAAGAUAUUACAGUGGAUAUCGAGGAACAGUUAAGGCUGCAGGAUGUUACUGAAGAUUUAGUGACCUUUCACUCUCUGCUGCCCCCUCAGCCCAGCCGUAGAAUUGUUGCCCACAUAUUUUGGAGAUUGCUAGAGCAAACAGUUGCAAGACAGGUCACAGUGCGACAGGACGAGCCGUUUGGUGACAUCAUCAUUUCACAGCCAUAGAUCGGUGGUAAACUGAUGACUUGCCAUUGUUCUCAGACAAAACUGUUAUGAUACAUAUUCACAUGAUUUUUUAAAUCAGUGUUCAUGUUUAUGAAUUUUUAAACAACUGAAAGGUCUUCAGUUGUAGUAACACGUUACUGAUGGUUUAACACAUUUUUGUCAUUGUUUAUUUAAUAUUGUGAUGUUUUUUAAUCUAUGAUAAACAAGUUUCAUCUUUUUAAGAAAUGAAAUUAACUUAACU